UCAGGGAGAUGGGGGGUUUUCGGAAUUGAGGUUGAUGAGUACACAAUUGUUGCCUUGCUUUCUGUUUGUAAUUUGUUGGAAGAUUUCAAAAUAGGAAAGCAGGUGCAUUGCUUGGCAUGCAAGAAAAUGUGUUCCAAUGAUGUGGUGAUGAAUGCACUGGUUGAUAUGUAUGCGAGAUGUGGUAUUGCGGCUUGGACUUCCGUGGUGAGUGCCUAUGCGCACCGUGGCGAGGUUGAGGUUGCUAGAAGAUUGUUCAACCAAAUGGAUGACCGAGAUUUGGUUUCUUGGACAGCAAUGAUCAAUGGCUACUCUAAUGCUGGGUAUUUCCAAGAGGCAUUGGAUCUAUUUGUGCAGUUGGGGGAUUUGGGAUUGAAACCAGAUGUGGUUGCUGCGGUUUCUGCUCUUUCUGUGUGUGCGCGACUAGGUGCACUUGAUAUGGAAAGAAAGAUCCACCGCCGUUAUGCUGCCAAGAAUUGGCCCUAUUCUCAAAACAGGGGAUUCAUUGCUGCUGUUGUUGAUAUGUAUGCCAAGUGUGGAAGCAAUAGCAUAGACACUGCAUUCGAUAUAUUCAACAAAACAAGUGAUAGUUUGGAAACUACUUUUCUCUAUAAUUCCAUUAUCUCUGGUCUUGCUCAUCAUGGCCAUGGUGAAUAUGCUUUAACUUUGUUCAAAGAAAUGAAGUUAUUGGGACUAAAACCAGAUGGAGUCACAUUUGUAGCACUUUUGUGUGCUUUUGGCCAGAAUGGUCUAGUUGAUGAUGGCUUGAACCUCUUUGAAUCCAAGCUGAGUGUUUAUGGUAUCCAUCCUCAAAUGGAGCAUUACGGCUGUAUGGUUGAUCUUCUUGGAAGAGCUGGUCAUUUGAACGAAGCGUAUGGUUUAAUUUCGAACAUGCCUUUCAAGGCCAAUGCUGUGAUUUGGAGAGCAUUCUUAAGUGCUUGCAAGUUACAUGGAGAUGUGGAGUUGGCAAAAAUUGCAGCACAAGAGCUUCUUAAGAUGGAGCAUGAUCAUGGCGCGCGUUAUGUGAUGCUGUCGAACAUACUAGCUGACGCAGCGCAGCAUGAAGAAGCUGCAAGUGUGAGAAAAGAAAUUGAUGAAGUUGGAAUUCAGAAACCAACUGGCUGGAGCUAUGUAGAAAUGAAUGAAGGGCUUCACAAGUUUGUGGCAGGUGACAAGUCUCAUCCAGAAGCUAAAGCCACCGAGUUGAUGCUUAGGGAUAUUAACAUUGGCCUAAAAUCUUUUGGGCAGGUCAUACCUGUAUCAAAAAUGGUGUUUGAUAUAGAUUAA